AUGUCCUUGUUUUUCUUGCUGACAUUGCCACACUCAGUUGUUCUUUCAAAAAAUGACACCGCAACUUGGGAUCAUAUCAAAACUGGAAAGCAUAUUAUGUUAGGAUGUGUAGGACACCCAGUAGCUUUGCAGAAGAUUGUCAGAGACUGUUUUGGUCUCAAGUCAGCUGCAUUGGCAGUAGAGGCUAUGGACAUUGAUGAAUGCAAAAGUGAUAAUGAUGAACAAUGGAUGGAUGGUGGCAUUGAGGAAGAGGAAGAAGUAGGAGAAGAGGGAGAAGAGGGAGAGGAAGAUUCAGAAGGAGACAAGGAGGGAGACAGGGAAGAAUUUGAUGAUGAGUAUGAUGAUGACCUCUCAUUUUAG